UUAUUACAGUUGACAUACACUUUAUAUCUCUGUUUCAACUACCCGCCAAGUUCUCUCCACAAACAAUGACAAGUCCUUAUGACCGCAGCCAGAAUCCCAGCUCCGGUCACCGGAGCACGCCGGACCGCAGCACGCGCUCUUCCGGAUACGCCUCUUCCGGGUUCAGAACUCCUCAGCGACCGACACCCUCCUCUGGCGGCCAGAACCCCAUGGCCGCCGCCGCCAGGUCAGUCGUCGGGCUGUUCACCGCUUGCUUCACGCCGCCGGAGUCCAACAACUCCAAGAGCGUCACGGAUUCCGAGGAGUUCAAAUCUACCUCAGUUGAAUCGAAUCCUUCAAGAGCUGGUAGUCGGAGAGGGAGUGGCUCAAAUCGAGGUAACCACGGCAGUUCACACAACUCAAUUCAUGGGAAAGAGCCUGGCAUUGUGAAGUUCACCAUGGAGGAAAUCAUCAAAGUCACAAGAAACUUCUCACCUUCUUUUAAGAUUGGCCAAGGUGGUUUUGGGACGGUUUACAAGGCCAAACUCCAGGAUGGAACUGUUGUUGCAGUAAAGCGUGCUAAGAAGAGCGUACAUGAGAAGCAUUUGGGAGUGGAGUUCCAGAGCGAGGUCCAAACAUUAUCACGGAUUGAACAUUUGAACUUGGUCAGGUUCUAUGGAUUUUCAGAGCAAGGGGAUGAAAGAAUUAUUGUUGUGGAGUAUGUUCCAAAUGGAACCCUUAGAGAACAUUUAGAUUGCAUUCAUGGAAGCAUUCUGGACCUCGCCUCUCGUCUAGACAUUGCCAUUGAUGUGGCUCAUGCUGUUACCUAUCUUCAUAUGUAUAUAGAUCAUCCUAUCAUCCAUAGAGACAUAAAAUCUUCCAACAUUCUCCUCACUGAGCAUUUACGCGCUAAAGUAGCAGACUUUGGUUUUGCUAGACAAGCAGCUGACAGUGACUCUGGCAUGACCCAUGUUUCCACCCAAGUUAAAGGAACAGCUGGCUACUUGGACCCUGAAUACUUGAAAACAUAUCAACUAACUGAAAAGAGUGAUGUCUAUUCAUUUGGUGUUUUGCUUGUUGAAAUUGUCACAGGAAGACGUCCCAUAGAACCCAAGUUCGAACUCCGGGAGCGAAUAACAGCAAAAUGGGCUAUAAAGAAGUUUAUAGAGGGAGAUUCCAUCUUAGUCUUGGAUCCAAAACUGGAUCAGACUGCAGCAAAUAGUUUAGCCCUAGAGAAGAUACUUGAACUAGCUUUACAAUGCUUGGCUCCACAUAGACAAAACAGGCCUUCUAUGAAGAGAUGUGCUGAGAUCCUUUGGACUAUUCGCAAGGAUUUCCGAGAGCAAUCAGCUGCAAACUUUCGCUCAUUUUCCACUACUUCCCAAAGGAGCAACUCAGUGAAAGAGUGAGAAGGCCAGAGUUCAUCUCAGGCAAACUACACUUACAUCAAAGAAGAAUGUAAUGGAAGUUGGGGCAAUUGGCCAGAGUGGCAUAUGGUGGUAGUGGUAGGUAGAACUCAUAUUAUUUGUCCAUAUCAGUUUUGCUUGUCUAUAGAAAUAAGGGAGCAUACUUUCUAUAAAUGUGAGUACCCUGCAUUCAUUAACUCUGUAUUUUUUGUUCUUGUGAUAUACCACAGAGAAGGAAAACUUGUAUAUUAUUGAUUGGAAAUUUGAUUGCUGUACCUGUGCUCUGAAGUUCCAUUUACGGUUAAAUAUAUGUUUAUUCUUUUAGUUA